GAUUUUUUUUUUUUUUAAACAGUAAGGUUGAGCAUGUGCCAAGUGGCCGAGUCAAAACCAGUAGAGCAAAUGGUCGCCUUUGAUAGGCAGUCUCGUUUUGGGUUGGUUAAAGGAGUUCCACGAGUUGUUAAACCAAUAGAGCAAAUGGUUGCCUUUGAUAGGCAGUUUUGUUUUGGGUUGGUUAAAGGAGUUCCAGGACACAACUCCCACGUCCAGUACGCGCGAACAUUCCAAAGCAUUAAACUGAAGAAGCAAACCAUCAUGGCAGUUCAUUGCAACUCUGUUCCUAUCUCUUGCAAAACAUGGAGAGACAGAGCCCCCAAACCCUUAUCCACUCUCUUACCCACCCGUCUCUUCUCACUUCCUCAAACCCCAUUUAGCUUCCGGUCAGAUGCAUUAAAGCUCUCAACAUGCGGGGGGGAUAGGGUGGUUGCUGCUGUAGUUUCUGAAGAAAGUGCUGUUGAGUCCAGCUCUUAUGGCACUGAUGUAUUCAAGCUCACUUACUUAGAGGGGAAUAGUUGGCUGUGGGAUGUAAGUGGGGUGAGAAUUUUGGUUGAUCCAAUUCUGGUGGGUAACUUGGAUUUUGGUAUUCCAUGGCUCUAUGAUGCUGCCAAGAAAUUUUUGAGGGAUUUCAAGCUUACUGAUCUUCCUCAAGUUGAUUGCUUACUAAUUACUCAAAGCCUUGAUGAUCACUGCCAUUUGAAAACCUUAAAACCGCUCUCAGAAAUGUCCCCAAAUCUUAGAGUCAUUGCAACUCCCAAUGCCAAGUCUUUGUUAGAUCCUCUUUGCAGAAAUGUCACAUAUCUAGAACCUGGUCAGGACUCUGAAGUUGAAGCAGGAAAUGGUUCCAAAGUCAGAAUUAAGGCUACAGCUGGACCAGUUCUAGGUCCUCCAUGGCAACGACCUGAGAAUGGGUAUCUCGUCAUUUCUCAACAGGGCCAAUUGACUCUUUAUUAUGAACCUCACUGUGCAUACAACAAAAAUUUUCUAGAGAAGGAGCGUGCUGAUAUAGUUAUUACCCCAGUCAUCAAGCAGCUUCUUCCAAAUUUUACUUUGGUUUCUGGACAAGAAGAUGCAGUGCAACUAGCUAAACUGCUGCAUGCCAAGUUCAUUGUGCCAAUGAAAAAUGGAGAUCUAGAUAGCCAAGGGCUUCUUGCUAGCAUAAUUCAGGCUGAAGGAACGGUUGAAUCAUUCAAGCCUGAGAGAUUGUGUUUUCCUUUUCAAAUACAGGAGCUUUUGUCGAAGGAAAUACCAGAUGCACGGACAUUAGAGCCCACCCCUGGUGUACCAUUACAAAUUCCUCCCCAUUGAAAUCUCUCAUAAAGCUUCACAUUUUGUACAGUAUGAUAGUGCAUAUCAGAUAGUUCAAAGUUCAUAUAUGAGGUUGUUUUUUUUCUGUUAUUAUAUUACAUUGUUAUUAAUCAUUUUUCUUCCUUUUUUUUUUAGGGGAAAUAUGGUCGUAACUGUUUUUUUUUUCUCACUUAAAACAUGAUCUCCGCUGUAAUUGCAUAAAAAGGAGAAAAAAAAAAUUGUAUUCGUGCAUGACAAUUUCACGUAAUAUAGCAUGAAAGCAUGUCUUAAAUUUGAGAUUUGAAUAUUAAUGAUAAUAAAAAUGAAAAAAAAAAAAAAAAGACUUGUGUUAGUCUUCUUGCUUAUUAUUUUUAUAUUUUGUUAUUAGAAGUAGUUUUACAAGAUAUGAAGAGUCAUUUGUCCUUAGAUUCACUGAAGGUACGCCUUUCCUAAAUCCGCGACGAAAAAACAAAAAUAAAAGAAUCCCAUAUCCCAUAAACUCCACAUUCCAUGGAUACCUGUCUAUCUUCAUUUGCCCGUCAUUCUAUAUUCCUUUAAUUAAAUUGGUUUCCACCCUCAUGCAGUACCAUACAGCCAAUUCAUCCAUUCUGGCAUGUAUAUCAAUAAAUUAUCAUGUCCCUCGAUUUUUUUGUUUAUUUUUAUUUUGUUUUUAACACCAUACUCGAAAUAAAAAGCACCCAUGUAUGAAUUUUUAGUAAGAGCAUAAAUUUUUUUAUGUUUCAACAAUAAAAAUUGUAUCUUCGUUGUCUUUGCCAUAUAUAUUCAUGAGAUAUGCUCCAAUUACAUAAAUUUCAUUGAUAUAAAUGAUGAUAAAUAUGUUGGUAAUGUUUGAUUUCUUUAAAAAAAAAAAAAAGCAAAGCAAAACAAAAUAGUCUUUCUCCGGUAAUCAUUUGUUGGUACCUGUUGUUUGGUUUGAAAGACCCACAUGCAUCGAAUACCUACUGAUAUUGAUUAAUUAAGGUUAAUUAAUUGAUAAUUAAAAUGUGAAUUAGAGAUGGACUCUUGGACAAGGUAAGAUUCUUAAUAGCUUCUUUUUAUGUUCUCCUCACCUAGAAGAUAAGUUAAACAAACAGAGAAUAUACUUUGGACGAUGAGAUCAUGAUGAACAACACCAAAAUAUCCUUCAAGAACCAGAAUAUUCGGAAGUGGACCCCUAGAAUGGCUCCAUAAACAGAUUGCAAUUCAAUUUCACUUCGAUUUUUUAAAGGAAUUGGAUUGGCUGUGAGAAAAGUCAUAUAGAAAAUAAGGAGAUGGCCACAGCAACAUGCCAAAUGGCCCUUGUCCGAAAGUGGAUUGAUGUAAUGAGCCUCGUUGGAGUUGGAUUCUUAUCAAAGCGACACGUUUAUAAUAAGGUUGCUAGGGCAACGCCAUGCUAACAUCGAAGCUUUGUUGUUGUGGCCUGUGUGUGGGCCUCGUCAUAAUUAUGAUAGUAAUCUUACCAUUAUACCAUGAUGUUUCUAGUUGAACUACAGUUUCAAAAAUGCAUGAAUGCCACACUUCGCCGGUGGAUGUGGUAAUAGCUACUUCCAUAACUAAAUUGGGUUUCAAUCUUAAUUUCUUUUGGUUGAAGCUUUCUAAGUGCUUUGGUGAAUAUGGGAUUAUGUAUUCUUUUGUAAUAUUAUGAUAAAUAUAUAUGUAACGAUCAUAGAAUCAUACAUCAGAUUUGAAAUGAAAAUUUAUAUGAUUAUAUAUUUCAAAUUAAUUUGACAAAGUUUUUUUGCAAUAUAAAAUUACAAUAAACUAUGAGUUAAAAUGAAUUGUCAAGUUAGAUAUUUAUAUAAAUAUAUAGCACCACUUUCACAUUACAUAUGUAUAUAAGCAAUUUUUUUAUCCAAUCAAAAUUCAAAGUAAAAAGGAUUUAUCCAUAAAUUUUUUUUUUUCUUUUUCAAAGGGAUGUGAAUAUGAUUAUAUACAUUUGAAAUGAUCUUAGUGAAAAAUUAUCGAUUGAAUUUCAAUUUAAAUCAUUUAUGGUAAAAAGAACAAAUAUUAUCAAUUGAGACAAUCAAUAACAAUUGAGCCACCCUCUUAUUAACGAUUAUUAUGUUUUUAUUUCUCGCAAAGAUUUCAAGAGAGUUCUAACUUUUGAACACCAAGUGAUCCACUAAGGAUAUAUAGUCCAUAGAAUAAAUAGCCAAACUCCAAAAGUGCCCCCACCAUCGUUGACUUACCAUUUCACAUUCAUAGUUACAUAAGAAGAGGAUGGAGGCAACGCAAAACACUUUUGUUGAAAGCUUCCGCUGUACCUUAAAUGACUUGACCUACUAAUAACUCUGACUUCCAAAUGAAGCUCAUUGAUAUUAAUUAUUAGAGAUAUAUAAGUUCAGUCAUCAUUGCUUUUGUCAACCAUUUUAAUCUCAUCUCUUGUCUACAUUACUAUAUAUAUUAAUAACUCGGAUUUGUUGAAACUUUAACUUCAGCCUCAUUGUAACUUUCAUCAUAUUCUACUUUCUGGUGGGAAGGAACAAGGAAAAAUCAUAUAUGGUCUCACAUAUUCUACGCAACCACAGUUUCUAAGAUAUGGGCAUCUGUUACCUAACAGGAAAGAUUUGAAUAGCUCUCCCAUUCUGAUCGCCUAUUUUCUUCAAUAAGAAGAUUUCUCACUUGGUCAAGAUUCUUGUAUUGUAUUUUCAUUUCAUCAUUGUUGACUUUUAUCAUUGCUAGAGAAAAAAAAAAAAAACUUGUACUGUUUCUAUCUAUUAAGAAUUAAAAUAAGAUUCUCAUAUAUCUUCUUUAUAAUGUUAAGGUGGUGCCCACAACAUAAUUUAUUUCGACCACAAAUUGACCUUCCUAUUUAUAGUUACCAAACUGCCCUUACUGUCCGGGGUUGUCUGGAACAUUGGAUAAGUAUCACUUGGGGGUAAAUAAUUCUGCACCGGAACGAUCUGGAUCUUGGAUUACUAUUGGAAAAAGUUGGGAUUGAACAUCCAGGACAGAAACCAUUUAUGAAUUCAUUGUAUCAGAACGGAAAUGACUAGUGGGGUAUUAGACCUUGUGGCACAAACAUGGCUUUUGUUAGAUUCGAAAAUAAUGGAACAGUCCUCUUAGCUGAUGAUUCCAAAACCAAGAUUCCAGUUUAUUCGUUUAA